GAUCGAAUGAAUGUCCACUUGUUCACCAAUCGUGUGCAUAUCACUUCCAGCUCACCGUCAACACUGGCUCUAAAAUAAAUUCAACCGCACUCUGACUUUUGAUUGAAUGGCUGCAGUGGAUGUAAUUGCUGUGAUGAAUACGGAUGAGAAGCAAAAUUUACACCCAUUCUUUACGAAAGUCGACGGUGCUGCUAUAAUUCUAGAUAAUCAUAUCAAGGACGAGCAAACCACACAGCCGGCACCCGGAAAGCCUUCGAGAGGCAGACCUCGAACGCGGAAGCCCAAAUCAGACGAACAUCACGAUUUCAAGUCACAAAGGACCUUGAACGACAUUAUCAAUCCUAGGCCUCAUACCAAGGGACAAGAAAAUGACACAUGCGAUGACGGGACGGAUCCGGAAUUCGAAUCCAUAAGUCGCAAGCGUCGCAAGACUAGCGUUGACAAUUUCAUGAAUCUGGAGCAUGACCCCGAAGCUGAAAAUGAGAGCGAAGGGGCUUUAGAGACCGUGGAGGCUCCUGCAGACUCGCUGCUGAAGCUUGUGCCGGUCAUACUCCAACCAGAGCAGCUUUCGAAGACGCCUCCGAAAAAGACACUUCGACUUAAUGCCAACGGCAGAUUCAGCUCCCCGGUUAUAAGAGAACAUGGCAAUUCUGAGCCAAAGUCCUCAUCCGGGCGUCAAACUCGACCCAAGCCUCAAAGGUCUAUCGAGAAAAGUAUGGCGUUAUCUCUGAUCGUGAAGUUUCAUUAUGCCACAAGUGGUGAAGCGCAACUCGGACUCAGGAUAGCGAGGAUACUCCAGGGCGAUGAGCGCAUCAAAACCACCGUCAAGGCAACAAAGUCUCGAAAUCGGAAAAAUGCGGCCGCCUCUGAACAGGACGCAGACACACAUCCCUUCUUUCAGGUGAAACCGACCCCACCGGUCUGCCCAAAGCCAUCUACUCCCAGAAAGAUGUUAUCUGCAACAACACCUGGCAAAUUGCGAGCGCAAGCACUCAAUGACAGUCCACGAGUCGAUAGUCGGGAGCCAACUUAUAUCGUCGGAUCUGACCUACUAAAGGACCGGCUCAUGUUCAAACAUCCUGGAGCAAAAGAGCCAGCUCUUCCUGAUAGAGAGCAAAUGCAUGUGCGCGGCAUCGAUGCUUCAGUGCCUCAGGAGCAAUUUGGCGCUGUGCCAUCAAAUUUCACCAUCCGCAAGCGCAAGCAAGCCAAGCGAAUCCUGAGCGAAAAUGAGUCCGUCACUGCUUAUUUUGCAUCACACCUUACCUGCGAGGACGAUCGUCGUGUACGCCCAGAUGGCUUCCUAGAACCCAGCCGAGACCUCACAGUGCCUCAGCGUCUCCUACUGUGCGGCGCCGACAUCGCACAGCGAGUAUCGAAACAAAUGUCCUCGCAGUACGACUUUACAGUGGACGAGCUCGGAUUGCCCUCUUCGCAGGCGCCGGCUCAUCCUGCAGUCCAACACUUACUCUCCCAGGUACCAUCAAUAAUGACUGCUUAUGACGAGUCGAAAGGCGAGACACUACCGUGGACUCAAAAAUACGCGCCAAGACUCGCUUCGGAUGUUCUGCAGCCCGAACGAGAAAUUGCUGUGCUCAAAGACUGGCUGAAAGCCAUGGGCGUGCAUUCUGUCAGCGGAGCUGCAACUGGUAAAGUUGGCGCACCCUUGCUACAAAAGCCUAAGAAGAAGAGGAAGAAGAAAAACGCUGAAAUGGGCGACUUUCUUGUCGAGAGUGACGAGGAUGAUGCAGAGAUGCAUGACUUAUGCGAUGAUCAGGACGUGGAUGGCCCGACUGGUGGUGGUACAUCCGCGCAAAAGAGCAUCGUACGGUCAAUCAACCCUGGCGACAAAUUGAACAACACUGUCGUCAUUAGUGGUCCAUCAGGCUGCGGUAAAACGGCUGCCGCCUAUGCCAUCGCAAGGGAGUUGAACUUCAAAGUUUUCGAAAUCAGCUCCAGCGAGCGACGAAGUGGCAAAGAUGUGCUUGACAAGAUAGGCAACAUGGCGGAGAAUCACCUUGUCAAGCACCAUGGCACCGCCCCUGCUGUUUCUGGUGAUCAUAUCGACACGGCCUCAGUGGAUGAGCCUGCACGGUUUGAUGAAGCCUUUCAAAGAGAUUUAGAGAGUGGCCGACAAGGCAAGAUGAACGCAUUCUUCAAACCUCAGCCCAAGACCAAUCCCGCGCAGCCCAAGAAGCUGCCUACGAAAGGACGGAUUGCAGCAAAAGCGAUCAAAGAUGUUCAGGAGGUUUUGAAGAAACCCUCCAAAGACCAGCAGCAGUCUCUGAUCUUGCUUGAGGAAGUUGACAUCAUGUUCAAGGAUGACAAAGAAUUCUGGCCAACAAUUCUGAAGCUGAUUUCGACAUCCAAGCGUCCGUUUCUCAUGACCUGCAAUGAUGAGACGCUCCUGCCCAUGCAAGCGAUCAGCUUCCACGCAAUGCUGCGCUUUGAACCUCCUUCUCGUGAGUUUGCCACCGAUUAUAUGCUAGCUGUGGCUGCAGCAGAAGGGCACCUCAUCGACCGUGAUGCCGUCAGUUGGCUUUACGACUACCACCAUCAGGAUCUGCGCGCAAGUCUGACAGAGUUGGAUUUCUGGUGCCAGAUGGCUGUUGGUGACCCGCGAUCAGGCCUUACCUGGAUUUACCAACGUUGGCCUCCUGGCGCGGAUGUCGAUGACAAGGGUAGAAAACUACGGGUCGUCAGCCAAGGUACAUAUACCAAGGGUAUGAGUCUGACUCUUAGUCGCGACCUUCCUAUCGAAGACGGAGUGGCGUGGGCGUGGCGGGAGCUCGAUAUUGAACCAGCCACGGCUCUUGGCUGGCAUGAGCUUACAUUGGGCUGUGACUCUCCACAAUCACCGCUUCAGAAGCUGCAAGAUCUCAAGUCAUUCUCACGAUAUGCGGAUACUCUCAGUGCUUCGGACGUGAUCCACGCAAAGCAACCGUUCCAUACGCCCCUAUGCGAUCCCUCGCGACGCCCUCUCACAGAUCAGCAUCGCACUCAAUACAUCGAAGGUCACAGACUACUUCAAACGGAUGCCUAUACAGAUUUUACCACUCUCACAUCCAAUCUAGCUGUAACGAUGAGCGUUGCGGCUACCCGCACAUGCGAUCUGCUAGACUCAAUCGCUCUUACCGACCCAAUCACCAUGCGAGAUACAAUACUGUCAAGAAAAUUGACUCAGGAGGGCCACACGCCAAUGACCAGACGCGCUUUCGCCUGCUUCGAUACCCUAGCCUACGAUCCCGAGAGCACGCUACCUCAAUUGACAAUGCUCCAAUCCGUAUUCGACGGCCCUCUGAAACCCAUCGCCGUGGACAUAGCCCCUUACGUCCGCUCCAUCGUUCGCUACGAUGAAGAUCUAGCCGAGCAUCGGGGCCAGCUGAAUACAUUGCUGUCGGACGGCCGUGCCGCGAAGAAAGUGCGUACCACCCGCGCGGCUAGGAGCGCAUUGGAGGGUGGCCAGCGCUCGUCAACACGUAGAGAGAAGUGGUUCGUGGGGGAAUUGAAUGCUGAAGCGGUCCUUGCGACUGGUGGGAAAGAUUGGGUGCCGCCGAAUACCACUAGGGACUUGUCGGUUUCUUCCGCGCAUCGCAGCACGGAGGAGGAUGACAGCCAGUGAUGCAGGGGAUUCGUCAUACAUCACUGGAAGGAAUGUACAUGAAGAAAGUAGUCGGAGUCGUGGCGGGGCCGUGGUUUGCCACAACAGUCUCGAAUCAAUUGCACGUGGUGCAUUGCACAUUCAAACGUCAGAUCCAUGGGUGCAACAUAUGCUGGCGCACCCAGUGGUCUAUGGAUUCAUGCUCUGCUUGGUUCGUAUCGUUUAACUCGUAGUCGAGCCUUUUUGGAUCCAACCUCAAUGUCCAAUCCUCUAGAAUUUUACCGUCACAAUGAUAGCUGCCAAAUGAUACAACUAUUCAUCUCCUCCCUCCUUCUGGUUACUCUCAUCAAAGGCUUUCUGGCGUUGCCGGUUAUUCCAGUUCAGCGUCCUUGAGAUGCUCUCUACCCAGUCUUCACUCCGGCGAUCCAGGGGCAAGACGCUUGGGAAAGGGAAGCGACUGGCGGAGAU